GCCUCCCCGCCGGAGCGCUGGAGCGCCGCCGCGGGCCCGGGCCCUCCGGCCCUUCCCGGCGCUUCCCGGUGCCUCCCGGCCCCUCCGGCCGCCGCGCGCGCCGGGCUCCCCGCGCCAGCCCCGGGCGCGCUCACGUGGUCCCGAGCGGCCGCCGAGCCGCCGCCAAAAUGGCAGCGCCGCGCUUCCCCAGCCGGGUCACGGCGCCCCCGCGCAUGCGCCGCGGCCCCGCGCCGGCCCCGCCCCGCCAGUGGUCAGGGCUCCGCCGCCCAGCCGCGGCCGGCCCGCCGUGCUUGCGGCGCGGCGGCGGCGGCGGCGCUGCUGGGAAGGGCGGGGAGCCAUGGGGUUGCGCAGGGCGUGACGGGCCCGGCGCGGCGGAGCUCGCCCGCCCGGGUGGCGGGGCGCGGGCGGGGCGGGCAGGUCCCACCCCCGCGGGCGGAGCCGCGUCCGGGCGACAAGAUGGCGGCGGGGCUGAGGGCGGUGAGGCGCUGGGGGCUGGCGGCGGCGGCACCACCGCGCCUUGCUUUUACUCGUUCUGCAUCUGUGGUGAAAAAAGCGAAUAAUGGGCAACCGAACUGGCUGGGAGUUGGCAUGGCGUUUGGCACCAGUGCUGCCUUGUGGGGCUUUCUUAUCAAGGAGCAUACAGAAGAUGAGAUGGAAUAUGAAAGAAGAAAGCGAGAGAGAAAACAUAAGUGUGAGGAAUGUUCAGCAUGUUCAUAGCUGAUGACAUGGUCACAAAGAGAUGUGCACUACAGGGCAAAGUGUACGUGGUUGUUGUCCUGCAAAUGAGCACAGAAGAAGUUAAAAGUUAUCUAAUUACUUGUAUGUUCAUACAUUUCACGUGCAUAAUUAAAAAUAAAUUAUAAAGUCUGGGAGAAACCGGAAACUA